GAUCUGUUUGAUGUCGGAAGAAGAGACAGCUGCAGAGUUCAAAAGGCUGAGGCUUCCCUAGAGCCCCUGUAGGGGGAUUUGGGUGAGCCUGCCGAAUAUGACCUGCAAAGGGCUUGCCCUGAUUCCCAGGAUGCUUCCGACAGCUGCCCUCUUGAUGGUGCUGCUUCUGGGAGUUGCCCCCUCCCUGGCCAAGGAGUCUCGUGGCCAUAUCUCCGUGGUCCUCCUGGGUGCCACGGGAGACCUGGCCAGGAAGUACCUGUGGCAGGGUUUGUUUCAGCUUUACCUGGAUGAGGUGAGCAAUGGACACACCUUCACCUUCCACGGGGCUGCGCAGGCGGACCUGGAAACAGGCCGGAGGCUGAUGUUUGGCCGGCUGAAGAACCUGGUGUGUCCCCCAGACGUCCUUCCAGACAGGUGCGCCAUUGUCAAAGACCAGUUCCUCAAGCUGACCGAGUAUCGCCAGCUCAAAACAGCCGAGGACUAUGCCGCCCUGAGCCGGGAGAUCAAGACUGUGCUCAGCCAGGAAGGCCUUCAAGAAGCUGGACGGAUCUUUUACUUUUCGGUGCCGCCCUUUGCUUACGCAGAGAUCGCCCGAAACAUCAACAGCAGCUGCAGGCCGGCGGCCGGGGCUUGGCUGCGUGUGGUGCUGGAGAAACCCUUUGGCCACGACCUCCUUUCCGCCCAAAAGCUGGCCGAAGAGCUGAGCACUUUCUUCCGGGAAGAGGAGAUGUAUCGCGUGGACCACUAUCUUGGUAAGCAGGCAGUGGCUCACAUCCUGCCCUUCCGAGACCAGAACCGAAAGCAUUUGGACUCCAUCUGGAACCAGCACCACGUGGAACGGGUGGAAAUCGUCUUGAAGGAGACGGUGGAUGUGAAAAACCGCACCAGCUUCUACGAAGAAUACGGGGUGCUCCGCGACAUCCACCAAAACCAUCUCACCGAGAUCCUGCUGUUUCUCGCCAUGGAGCUGCCGGGAAACAUCAGCAGCUCCGAAGACGUCCUCCGAGGCAAGCUCCGAGCAUUCUCCACCCUGCGGGGGCUGGAGAGAAGCAGCGCCGUGGUCGGCCAGUACGAAGGCUACAACAGCCACGUGAGCGAGGAGAUGCAGAAGCCGCCCAACUACUUCAGCAGGACGCCAACCUUCGCAGGGGUGCUGGUACAACUGGACAGUCUCCGCUGGGAGGGGGUUCCCUUCCUCCUCAUCUCUGGCAAACUCCUGGAUGAGCGGGUCGGCUACAUCCGCGUCCUGUUCAAGAACCGGGCCUACUGCACCCAGAACGAAACCACGUGGGACGCUGGCUCUAGCCCCUGCAAACCGCGGCAGCUGGUUUUCUACAUCGGGCACGGAGAGUUGAACUCCCCCGCUGUCCUCGUGAGUCGCAACUUGUUCGAACCUUUCAUGCCGGAAGACAGCUGGAAAAGAGUCCUAAAUCCCCCACAGCUCCGUCUGUUUGGUCAGCCCCUCUCGGAUUACCACGUGUAUGUUCCAGUGAUGGAGCGGGACCCUUACGCCCACCUGAUCUCCAGGAUUUACCACGGCAAGAAAGACUCUUUCAUCACAACGGAGAACCUUCUUGCAUCCUGGGGGUUCUGGAGCCCGUUGCUCCACAGCUUGGCCGGUGAAGUCCCCCGUUUGUACCCUGGGGGCCCAGGAAACAAGCACCUCCUGGAUUUUGAGAUGCUUGGCCGAGAGGUGUCCUUCGUGGCGAAGGAGGCCCUGGAGGUGAUGGAUGCCGCGGACGAGCAGACGCCGGGCAAAUACAAAACUAUCCAGUCCAACUUUCGGCAAAGCCAGCUGAUCACCGCGUGGUCCGAGGAGCUGAUCUGCCGCUUGGCGUCUGACAUAGCAAGCGCUGCCCUGGCUGCCGUCCGGAGAUCCGGGGAAUUCCACAUGGCAUUUUCGGGCGGAUCCAGCCCUCUCGCUCUGUUCCAGCGGCUGGCCACGCACCACUUCGACUUCCCCUGGAAGCAGAGCCAUGUGUGGGUGGUGGACGAGCGCUGCGUCCCCCUCACCGACCUGGAGUCCAAUUUCGGGAACCUGCACGAGCACUUGAUCCGGCAUGUCCGGCUCUCCUUCUUCAACGUCCACCCGAUGCCCGUCCACCUCAACCGGAGGCUGUGCGUGGAGGAAGACAAGGGCCCGGAGCUGUAUGCCAACGAGAUCGCCGCCCUGGUGGCCAACAGCAGCUUCGACCUGGUGCUGCUGGGGCUGGGCCACGACGGGCACACGGCGUCCCUCUUCCCGCACUCGCCCGCCGGCCUCGAGGGCCCCCCGGACGUGGUCUUCACGGAGAGCCCGGUCAAGCCCCACCAGCGCAUGACGCUCGCCCUGCCGCUCAUCAACCGGGCCAAGCGGGUGGCGGUGCUGGUGAUGGGCAAGGGGAAGCACGACAUCGUGACCGUGGUCAGCCGGGCGGGGCGCGAGCCCCGGAAGUGGCCCAUCUCGGGGGUGGACCCCAGCUCCGGCCAGGUGGCCUGGUACAUUGACUACGAAGCUUUGCUCGGCUGAGCCGGGCCACUGGGUGCGGCCGCUGCUCCUCGCCCCUCCGUCCCGACAGCCGCCGUGGCUGCCCAGCAACCCGUCCGGCUCGGCUCGGCUCGUCAGGGUCCUCUGGCUGUUCGUGUGUUCUGUGCUUCCCACUGCGGAUCGGUGCAAAGUCCUUCUGUUCCGGGGCAGCUUUGAUCCCUGACCAUUGGCCACGAGGACAAGGGGCCGUGUUGGAGCCCCUGGUCUUGCGAUCAGACAGAAGUCCCCAUCGCUGGAGCAGUGUCCAGAGGUAGUGGCCCCUGCUUUCCGGGAUAUGCUGCUUCCGCAUUGGGGGUCCCAUCGGGGAGAGUCCUUGAUGGAAGUGCCCAGUCUGUUCCUCCCUUCUCCAGAGCCAUCUAAGCUGCUAGUCCUUGCCACAUCUUGAGGCUGUGAGUUCCCUGGGGGAGCAGCCGAGUCCUGGGAGCUUGUGUGUGAGGAGUCAUGUCCCAGCUCCUCCUACCUGGGCUAGGUAGCUUCCCUGCUGGGCCCCGAUCUGGCUUCUGUUCUGGAAGGGGUUAUAGAACGACGUUAGCAGAACUGCCCUGCACCACCCUCCCGCAACCCGAUGCCCUUCAGAUGUGCUUGGACUGCAUUUCCCAUCAUUCCCAGUCAGCAGAGCCCGUGGUCAGGAGCACUGGGAGUCAAGGUAGAGUCUGGUGGUUCUACAGCUUAGCCUGCAGCCUUUGGGUCUAUGACCGGUAAGUCCUACACAGAGUAGACACAUUGAAAUGAAAUGGGCUCAUGUUAUGACAGAGCUAAGCCUCACUCUGUGUGGGAUUCACCUUGGAUACUCUCUCAACCUUGGAUGGGGAAGAGCCUGCCACCCGCUGUCUGAAUAAAUUAUGCAGAUUGGGCCAAAUUAUUCUGCAGAACCUGGGUCUGCUGGGAGGCAUCCCAUGGCUCCUGAGAUCUUGCCUUGCUGAGCCCAGGGAGGAUUAAAACGCCGGCUAGUCCCAAACUCUUGGUGGCUUGCCCUUUCUUUGCAGGAAUAUCUGGAAAGCAGUGUUGCUGUGGGCAGUGGGGCUUAACCCCCGAGAAAGCAGGACCGAUGGAUGCCCUACUCAAGUGAGGCUGCCUUGGCCUUCCGCUUUUAAGCCUCAAAAAGUCUAACAGUUUGCACUGGAUUGAACUGUGAGCGUGACAAAUUUGCUAUUCGAGUCAGGAACGGUGGAAAGGUGGAAAGCAACCAGCUUCUGCCACAAGGUGGCAGUAUAGCACAGGUUUUGGGUGGCUUGAGUUUCCAGCCGGCAUCUGCAAUUAGAGAUUCUGUCUGUCCAUUUUCAGAUGUUAAUUCAAAAUGCAAUCCUGCAUUUUGUUAGAUACGGAAGCCGGGGAAUGCUGUGGGUUUUAGGAGGUUUUAUUGCCUAAACAUGCAUUGCGAAUUGUGCUUGCGGCAUCUCUUAAACCGAGCAAGCCGUUUCAGAUUAAUUGAUUCUACCCUCCUGUUUGUUAGAAACUUCUUGGGGUUCCUCAGCAAGCUGAUUGAUAAUGGAGAUGGACACACUGGCCUUCUUGUAAAACUUCCUACAUCUGCAUGAAUUUGGCACCCUAGAUCAGGGGCAGGUAGAUGGUAGCUCUUCAGAUGCUUUGGACUUCAAUGCCCAGAAUCCCCUGCCAGCAUGGACAAAGAGCCAGGGAUGCCGGGAGAUGGAGGCGCAUGCCAAACACAUCUUCGUGGGCCAAGCCCAAAUUGGUCCAGGUACCAUGGUCCCUGUGGAUCACCAAAUUCACUUUUUGCCACUUUUAAGUGAGCUUUCUGGGUGUGUGUUUUUAAAAGAAGGCUGCCAGCAAAACCGCUCAGAAUGGAUGGAGUGGGCUUGUUUUCAAGGUAAGUUGGCCCAUCCUGACCAAUGGAGGCCUCCAAUAUUCAGUGAUGGCUUCUGUACCCCCCCCCCCCCACACACCCCGACUGCCUUGUAUGAGCCGGCAAUGCAGUCCAUGAAAAGGGCUACUCAAAGUUGCCCAGUUCUGCUUUAAAACGUCAAACGAUUUCCUCUUCGGAUGUGCAGAAGCAAACAUGAACCACCCACAGCCAAGCCCGUGCGUUCCCUUUUCCCAGCCCGUGCGUUCCCUUUUCCUGCAGGACACUUCCUUUGAAAGGACCAGCCACUCAUACAGAGAGGCAGUGAGCAGCCUCUGCUGAGGGCCAGCAACUCAUGCAGAGAUUUGGCAGGAAUCCUCAUCCUCAUCAGAGGUUGCUCAUUUUUUCCCUUUUUCUGGAGCAGUGAACCCCACGGGACGGUUGUAGGCUGGUUUUUCUGAAAUCAAGAUGCAUUUAGAAUGGAUUUCAGGAAUAAUUAUAAUGCAAAUUAGCAUACUGCAAAAAAGUGCCUUAAGGAAACUACACGUUUCCUAACCUCUGAAUUCCUAAGGGAGGCCUGCCCUAGCUUUGAAUUCUACUGAUGCUUUUUAACGGAAUGAAAUGAUUGGUUUCUCCAUGGAGGAAUUGUUGGUCUGCGAUUUGAUAUGUUUUUUUUAAUGUACACACUGGAAAUUAGGAUUUUUAAACUAUUUUUAUAAAUGAAAAUUUGGGGAAAAUAAAGCCUUCAUUCUUGCAUUGA